UUCAACGACAGACGUUUAUGUAAAUUAGCUUUUUUUUUUUAAACCUGCUUCUUGAUUGGCUACAAUUUGUGUUCCGCCAACAGUACAGGGUAAUUUACAAAACCACUGCAGAGUAUAAUUGUGUAGCUUCUUGCAUUUGCGAGAACUGUUUUACUUUUUUGACUUCCACUGCCUUUCACUAUGUCAGGACGUGGAAAGCAGGGCGGUAAGGCUCGAGCCAAGGCCAAAACUCGCUCUUCUCGAGCCGGUCUCCAGUUCCCCGUGGGUCGAGUGCAUCGGCUCCUCCGCAAGGGCAACUAUGCCGAGCGGGUCGGAGCCGGCGCGCCGGUUUACUUGGCAGCGGUGCUGGAGUACCUGACCGCCGAGAUUCUGGAACUGGCGGGUAACGCUGCCCGCGACAACAAGAAGACACGUAUCAUUCCGCGCCACCUGCAGCUGGCCAUCCGCAACGACGAGGAGCUAAAUAAGCUACUGGGCAAGGUCACCAUCGCGCAGGGUGGCGUCCUGCCUAACAUUCAGGCGGUACUGCUGCCCAAGAAGACUGAGAGCCACCACAAGGCCAAGGGCAAGUGAAGCAAAAAAGAUCAGUGCGUUCAGCUAUUUUACCCAAAGGCUCUUUUCAGAGCCAUUCACGUUUUCACAGAGGAAGCUUGUAACUCCCGUUUUAAAGUGUCGUUUCUUAAAAUGUUUUUACAGCCCUCACCUACGAACUGUUGUAUUACUCACUGCAAGUGGCUUUUUCUAGGCUAUAUAUGAAGGCUAUUAAAGUGACCCUAAGUACUAUGCUUGAAUGUGGGCGAAUAAGAUGGGUGGUCCACGAGAAAAUUAGAUGUCGCAAAUGCGGGCUUUGGUAGUUAGGAGGAAACUUUCG